CAGAGAGGGAGGAGAGGAAAAGUUGCUAAUGGACUGUGAGCUGUUGGUAUUGAUCAGGCACACAGACAUAGAGGUGAGAUGCAGCACAAUGACCUGACAGCGCUGCUGAUCGAAAACUAAUUCCCCUCCAUCGUAAUCAUCAUCUUCUUCAUCACUGUCGUCACAAUCCCAUCAAAGCCACAGAUGGGACAUGGUUCAGCCACAAUAACAUUGUCUGUAGAAAUGGAAAAUAAAUUGUGAUUCUCACAAAUGUUCUGUCAGAUGCUAAAGAACUAAGAGUGAUAUCUACUGAUAGGCAGGAUUUGCUUGUUUAUUAAACUAAUUUUUAGUCAUGCUUAUACAGUAUAGACACAGCCUCUUCAUGCAAACUAAUCUUUCAUUACUGACAAUGCACUAGUUUUACAACCACUGAUGUCACUUCAGAAUCGGAAUCGGAAUCGGAAUCGGAAUCAUCUUUAUUUGCCAAGUAUGUCAAAAACACACGAGUAAUUUGUCUCCGGUAGUUGGAGCCGCUCUAGUACGACAACAGACAAGUCGAUUGACAGAGAAUACGUUUGAAACAUAAAAACACAGUCACUGAGCAAUAAAAGGUUACCAGUAAUGUGGUAAUGCCGGUACAUUUUUUUUAUUUUUUUGACAAUUCUGCAGUCCUGUCAUAUUGUCCAUAUAUUUUUUUAAUUGGUGCUGCUUGCUUAAAACUAGAUGGGGCCUGAAAGUAACCUUGGCCGCUGGUAGCUGUGUGCUUGUGUAACUUGUUUAUCACAGGAUGGCGCCAUCAACAGGAACCAGAUAGGGCGAAUGCCGCAGAACAAGGACAAGUUGGAGCCACGCGUACCUUUACUGUUAUCUAUAAGUUGUGAGGGCUGCAAGGGAAAGGUGCUUUUUUUUCUCUCCAUCUGCAGCGCGGUUGCGAGGUUGGUUUCAGGGAGAGAGAAACAGCCCAGAAUUCUGUGACUCUGGAAUCUGACUGGACUCCUGAGAUAAAAACACUGAACAAAUGGCAACUCUUUUGCAACUGGCGCAAAUUCUCCAACAAACUUGGUGACCCUGUCAUGCUCUCCAGGAAAGGGUGUUUUCUGGACAAUCCAUGGCACACACUUCUCCUCAAUAUCCAGGCCGGCCAUCUAAACAAGGCCGUUGAAGAGUUAUUCCAAAAUAAUCGGGAGAGUCUUCAACACCUUAAAGACAACGUACCUGCUCAUAUGCCCAACCUAUGUCCCAAUAAAGAAAAUGAACCAAUAACACACAAGAGCCAAGUGCCAGAUGUGGAAUCCACCCAGCAGCAAACUGUCAAAAUCAAGAGCCAUGUCAGACAGAUAGAGUUUAUCACUCUGACAGAGUUUGAAUGUAUCCCUCGGUAUAUGAAAGGACGGCUGUCAUACGAUCAACUCAACAAAGCAGUGGAAAACAUUAAUACAGCUGUUGUAGCCAAGUAUAAAAUUUUCCACCAGCCUUUGAAAACGCUCAACAACCAUGCACGCAAGCUGUACCAGCGUUUCAAGGAUCAGGAGACUAAAGACACUAAAGGUGAAUAUUUUGUGGUGGAAGACGAUUUUCGCGAAUUCACUCAGAUGAAAGUGGACAAGCGACUGCAGGGAAUUCUGAACAUGUUGCGGCACUGCCAGCGCCUGCGAGAGUUGCGAGGAGGAGGCAUUACCCGUUACAUGUUCUUAUGAAUAAGCAACACCUAGGCUUGAGAUUUUUUCAGUUGUUGUUAUGAAUAAACAAUACUGUCU